AUGAACAAUUUGUGGGAUCAAAUUCGACGGUCUCAGGAUGAGGAUGAUGAAGAGAUGAUGGCCACCAACGCCAUUGUCAUGGCUGCAGUCGCUCAAGAAUCUGAAAACCAACACCGAGGGCGCGGUUCUCAUCCGGGUCGUGCACCAAAUGAGGAACGAUUUAGAGAAGAAAGGGGCAAAGGUAUGUUGGCCGACUACUUUGUCGACCGGCCAGUGUUCAAAGAUGCGGAGUUCCGAACACGUUACAGGAUGAGUCCCAAUCUCUUCCAGCGUAUAUCUACUGACCUUUGCCAGUAUGAUCGUUACUUUGUUCAAAGGUCAGAUGCUACUGGCAAAGUCGGACUGCUUCCGGAGCAGAAGAUGACAGCUGCCUUGCGAAUGCUUGCGUACGGUGCAGGGGCAGAUCAAUGUGCUGAGUAUUGUAGGAUGGCGAAAUCCACCUCCGUUGCAGCCCUUCAGCACUUCACACGAGGAAUUGUUGAUCUUUACUCAACACAAUACCUCCGCGCUCCAAUUGCAGCCGACCUCAGACGACUUCUUACCAAAGCUGAGAGGAGAGGUUUUCCAAGAAUGAUUGGGAGCAUCGACUGUAUGCAUUGGCAAUUGAAGAAUUGUCCGACAGGUUGGGCUGGAGAAUAUAGUGGUAGGAAACAGAUCCCUACUAUCAUCCUGGAAGCAGUCGCAUCUUACGAUACCUAG